AUGGUCAGCAAAGCACAAGAUAUGUUGAAGAUUCACAUGGAAGUGAUUAGAAAUCCUGGAGUGAACCUCUACCAAGGAAAAGACCAACCUAAUAAAGGUAAAGGUAAAGGUAAAGGAAAAGGGAAGGGGAAACCGAAGGAUGGAAAGAAGGCAGCAUGUUAUGUAUGUGGCAACAAAGACCAUAUGUCUCCAAAAUGCCCAGACAGACUGCUACCAAAGACCCAAUGGAAGAAUCAGGAUCAAUAUGUUGAUUAUGGGAAGAAGCUCAAUCUUAAUCAGAUUGGAGCAACUGUCCCAGCUACUGUUCCAGCUAUAGUUCCUGGAGCUUCAGCGUCCACAAGUGGAGCAUCAAGUGUUGCGGGAAGCGUUAACACACCUUUGCGACUUGCUGGUACUACAGGUAAUCAAAUGAUGCAAGUUCCUUCUGGAAUGCAGCUCAUGCAGAUUCCAACUCAAGGUGGCGGCACUGUUACUGUCCCUUAUUCUAUGAAUGCUAACGGUGAGAUUGCGUUCAGUGGAAUGCAACUCAGCCGACAAGGCUCCAGUGGUGCUCAAGUGCGCCAAGGGUUCGAUGCAGUAAAAUCUGGAUAUUUUGAUAUGUCAAAUGUCUUUCACGAUGCUAUCAAGGGAAAGGAUGAGAAUGGCAAUGUUGUCUAUCUUAUUCCAUGUCCUACUGGACCAACUAACGUCAAACUUCAAGCCGACUGGCACUAUGCUAGUGAAAAUGAAGAUUUGCCUGAUCUUGCUUCUGAAGCGGAUCGAGGUCUGCAGUUUAUCCAAAGCCGCAGAAAGGAACAAGAUCCAUUUGGGUUGUACGAUCAUGUCAUCAUGGACAGUGGUUGUACAAACACCACCAUUUAUAAUGGUGAGCUCAUGCAUGGACUCCGUCAUGCUGAGAAAGAACUUAAUAUGCACACUAACUUGGGCAGCAGAGUUCUUGACAAAGAAGGUUUUCUAGGAAGAUUUGCGCCUUCAGUUUAUCACGAUGAAGGUGGAAUUGCCAAUGUACUUGCUAUGCGCGAGAUGAUUGCUGCGGGAUACCGCAUUACUAUGGAUACUGGUACUGAUUAUGCUUUUAUUGUGCAUUGUGAUGGAAACAGAAAGAUGCGAUUUAUGAAUUGUAAGGGUGUGUAUGUGUUGGAGCAACUUGGAGCGAAUGUCAAACCAGGUGCCAAAGAGUCAAGUGUGAUGUACCGUCGCCAGUUAAGCAACUUAAAUAAUCAACCCCAUUUCAAACUUUCUUCAAACAAACAGAAUGGAUAUGCUGGACUCGAGAUGACCUCCAAGAUGGCAACCGUUCGAAAGAACAAGGAAGGAUUCACUCCAAGACAAGUCAAGCUUGCAAUGGAAGCGAGAAGUGCGAUGCACAUACUCAAUGCUCCAAGCACCAAAAGUCUGAAGCAUGCGAUCCGAUCUGGUCUCAUCAAGAACUGUCCUAUCACCGAAGAAGCGAUCAAUCAUGCCAAAGCAAUCUUUGGACCUAACACCUCUACAUUGAAAGGCAAGUCAACAAGACCAACUCCGAAAAAGACGUACAACAACUUCUUCAGUCCACCAGAGGAAUUAUAUCAGCACAAUCGAUCUAUUACCGUCUGUAUUGAUCACAUGGAGAUCGAGAAUGCUAAGUUUCUCACCUGCAUUGAUACCACUGUGCGCUAUUGCUCAUGUAAUCCCAUGCAGAACCUGAAGACUGACCCUGUAUUUGAAGCAUUGGAUAAGAUAUUCCGCCACUACAACAAGGCAGGCUUUCAAGUCAAGAUCAUCAAGUGUGAUCGGGCGUUCAUUCCUCUCACGGAUGAUAU